GAGUGGCUGCUCUGUUAAAAGCCGCUGUGAAACAUCCUCUAUAAAACAUUUUGUCAUUAGCUGGAUCUUUGUCCACAUUUAACACACCUACUCUGCUCAGGAAUGGCACAUCAAACAAUGUUACUGUUUUCUUUUUUUUUGGUGACAUUACUCAGCAUUAUUCUUUUCAUGGUGUCUCACGGAAAUUUACCAGGAAGUAUCAGAUACAGAUGGAAGGCUAUGUUAAGAAUAAACAGAUUCAGAGGAGGACACAGCUUCUAUGAACUUGAAAGAUUACAGCAAAAUGAAGGAAACAUGACCCCAUCGAGUAAAACAACUGCUGCAAUAUCAACAAAGGAUUUGGUUACAAUGAAUGAGAUUAAAUUGUCUCCAGCUGAAUAUCCGAUUCCCAUUAUCCACAAAAGCUCCUUCAAAAAGCUUCCUCAGUGGAGUUUUGAGGAUAUUUAUAACUUGGAUGCUCCACCAAGACCUGCGACAUGUGCCCAGUCUCUGCACAACUCCGAAGACCAGGACUUCCAGAAAGCUUUCCUUCCCAACAUACGUAUGUUUCUGCACAAAGACAACAUCAACAUGAGAGAGUGGAACAGGCUUUCACAUUUCAACAAUCCUUUUGGCUUUAUGGAAAUGAAGUAUGAGGAUGUAAUACCUGCAUUGAAGCUGAUCCCAAAGCCAAAAGAACCACUCCUCCCAAAACCAGGUGGGGAUGGCUGUGUACGCUGUGCUGUGGUUGGAACUGGAGGCAUCUUGAACGGCUCAAAAAUGGGAGCUGAGAUUGAUUCUCAUGACUACAUCUUUCGGAUGAAUGGUGCGGUGAUCGAAGGGUAUGAGGAAGACGUGGGUAACAGGACAUCGGUGUAUGUUCACACAUCUUACUCAAUAACUGCUUCGCUUUAUUUAUUCAAGAAGUACGGAUACAAAUCCGCUCCUCACGAUGAGGGUAUAAAGUACGUCAUGAUUCCUGAGGGGAUGAGGGAUUACCUGUGGCUCAACGCUCUUUUUAAAGGGGAAAAGGCAUCUAAAAAGGACCCCAGAACCUACUAUUCAGGACAAUUCAGUGAGAACCACUUCUAUGUUCUGCACCAGGACUUUCUGCGAUAUGUACGAAACCGGUUUUUAAAAUCAAGCAAUCUUAACCAAGGACUCUGGCCAAUUGUUCGACCAACCAAUGGGGCAUUUGCUAUCUUUACUGCUCUGCACGCUUGUGACACAGUGAGUGCAUAUGGAUUCAUGACAGAAGACUACAGAAAAUACUCCAACUACUAUGCUGAGAAGUACGACAAAACCAACAUAGUUUUGUACGCCAACCAUGACUAUAUUCUGGAGAAGAAUUUAUGGAAGAGCCUUCAUGACAAGAAAAUUAUAAAGCUGUUUCAAAGAACUGGAUCACAAGAUGAGAUCGAGAUGUCAAAGCGGGCCUGAAACACAGACAAUUACAGUUAAAGCAUCGAGAUAUAAAGCAAACCAUUGAAACCAUGUUAUAGAAACAACACAUUCAGAGGUUAAUUAACUCUGCUAUAUUUCUUAUUUUUAUGAUGAAUGAUAUAACUGUGAAAUGUACAUACAAGUCAAGAUUUUUGAUAUUAAUGCUGCAGACAGCAUUAAGAAAAACUGACAUUGUGUAACUCCAGAUUAAAUUAUUAUUAUAUUUAUUUCA